GCCGGCCGGGGUGGGCGCGCGGCGCGGCUCAGAGGGUCAGCCGCCGCCGGCCGACACGUCCACCGGGUCUCCAGCAGCCAUGGCCGGCACUCGGCCGUCCCUGGCCCUGCUGCUGCUCGCUGUUCUGAUCUGCAUAGGAGUUAACGGCGAAUCGGAAAGUACAAGUUCGUGCGUAACAUCAGUCGAAACCGAUGGCGAUACAUCCACCGACACUCUUUGUAGCACCUCAGGAGACGGUGACGGAUCACAAGACGGAGACGGAACAGAAGACGGAGACGGAGAAGGCGGAGACGGAGACGGAGAAGGCGGAGACGGAGACGGAGAAGAUGGAGACGGAGGGGACGGAGACGGAGAAGAUGGAGACGGAGAAGAUGGAGACGGAGGGGACGGAGACGGAGAAGAUGGAGACGGAGACGGAGAAGACGGAGAUGGAGACGGAGAAGACGGAUAUGAAACACAAGAAGAAGACGGGACAGAAGAUGGAGACGGCUCAGGUGGUGACGGAACACAAGACGGAACACAAGACGGAGACGGGUCUGGUGGUGACGGAUCACAAGACGGAGACGGGUCUGGUGGUGACGGAUCACAAGACGGAGACGAGUCUGGUGGUGAUGGGACACAGGAUGGAGACGGAACACAAGAUGGAGACGGGUCUGGUGGUGACGGAUCACAAGACGGAGACGGGUCUGGUGGUGACGGAUCACAAGACGGAGACGGGUCUGGUGGUGACGGAUCACAAGACGGAGACGGGUCUGGUGGUGACGGAUCACAAGACGGAGACGGGUCUGGUGGUGACGGAUCACAAGACGGAGACGGGUCUGGUGGUGACGGAUCACAAGACGGAGACGGAUCUGGUGGUGACGGAUCACAAGACGGAGACGGAUCUGGUGGUGACGGAUCACAAGACGGAGACGGGUCUGGUGGUGACGGAUCACAAGACGGAGACGGGUCUGGUGGUGACGGAUCACAAGACGGAGACGGAUCUGGUGGUGACGGAACACAAGACGGAGACGGAUCUGGUGGUGACGGAUCACAAGACGGAGACGGAUCUGGUGGUGACGGAUCACAAGACGGAGACGGGGCAGAAGACGGAGACGGUUCUGGUGGUGACUCCGAUGAAGCCACAGGGGACGGAUCGGCGAGUGACUCGAGAGAGGACUGUACCAUCGACUACGGCGACCUAUCCGCAAAUGCUUCCAGUGUUAACAUCACCUGCAGAGAGGUCAAUGUAACAGGUGAGCCAUUAGUGUGUAGCUGAUGAUUUUUUUCUUUUUGAGAUCACGCCUAACAGUUUGACGGUACUUAAAGUAAAAUAUUCAUAUUGUAUAGCAUACAACUUGUUAUCGAAUGCUGAAUCU